AUGGGCCUGCCAGGACAGCGACCGGGUGAAUCUAAGCUUGGUACAAGGCCAGGUCUUACAACUAGUAUUAAGAGCGCUGAGCUGCACGAUCAUGUCUUUUGCCAAGAAACAUAUCCAGAAGUGAUGGCAGUCUCUGACUCUACUAUGGCAAAAAAACCGCCCCAAGAUCCGCCCCACGGUGAAAUGGGCUUCUCGAUUAUCAUCGACAGAGCCGAGGGAGGGGGCUUGCGUCCUUAUUAUGCCAUAAAGAUGCGUCGACUAUCUCGAAUAAUCUCAGCGUUCUUCCGUCGCGGUUGUCGUUCGUCUUUCUAG